AUGCCUGCCGACGUUCAGAUAAGGUGCAUAUCCCUUACCACUAAAGGAAAGGCUCGACGAAGGGGGGGAAGGGUAAGGAAAACGCUUUCGGAGAUUGAUUUGUUUUUCAUCGAAAAGGAAGAAGGCCGAGGGGAUAGCAGCCUUCCUUCGGGCUUUGCCUGCCGACGUUCUAAUAAAGAAUUCCGGCUCGGCCCGGGAAAGCGCUGGCAACAACAUAAAGAAAGGGGUCCAUGUAGCUGCUGCGCCCGCCCACUGAGCAGCAGGUUCGGCAUCUACUACAAUACAAAAGAAAAGAAAAGAACUUAA